AUGAUUAAACUAAAUUUCCUAUUGGUAUUUAUAUUACUGAUACUAUCAGUUACAUCCUUGGAUUCUGAUGAUGAUUCUGACGAUUCCGACUUGGAAUUAGAAAGAUGUAAUCCAUUAACUGAUAACCAAUGUCUUGUCACAAAUGAAGCUUUAGGGACAUCAAUAUUUGAAAGUUUCCAAACAGGGACUAGAUAUUUUGCCAUUACAUCUAGCAGAAAUAGAAUUAUGUUUGAUCCAAAUGGAUUACAAUUGACUAUCAAGAAAGAAUUUGACAAUCCUUCCCUUGUUUCAAGUUUUUAUAUCAUGUAUGGAAAAGUUGAAGCAGAAAUUAAAGGUGCACAUGGUAGAGGUAUAAUAAGUUCUUUCUACUUACAAAGUGAUGAUUUGGACGAAAUUGAUAUUGUUGAAGUGUUUGGUGGUGAUCCAUAUGAAUAUCAAACCAAUUACUUUGUGAAAGGAAAUACCACUAAUUAUGAUAGAGGUAGAUAUCAUCUGUUGGCUACUUCACCUUUAACUGAGUUUCACAAAUAUGGAAUGGAAUGGACUCCUCAUAAAAUCACUUGGUUCUUGGACGGUAAGAAAGUCAGAGUGUUGAAUAAGAAGAACAAGUAUGGUUUCCCUUGUUCUCCUUCUUUUUUAAAGUUCAGUUUAUGGGCUGGUGGUGAUUAUUCUAAUGAUGAAGGUACUAUUACUUGGGCUGGUGGACCAACCAAUUAUGAUGAAGGGCCUUUCACAAUGACUAUUAGGAAUUUAAAUGUUACAGAUUAUUCAAAUGGUGUUGCUUAUUCUUAUGGUAAUUUAUCCGGAGGAAAGUGGUUAGAUUUACAAGCAAAUGGUGGCGAGAUUUACGACGAAGAGGACGAGGAUCCAGAACUGCCAACUAAGACCAGUACUAUUCCAAAGACUAAGACCAAGACAAAGGUUCCUAAAUCCCAAUUAUUAGAAAAGACUACAAGGAAGAAAACAACAGUUGCUACAAAUAACUUGUAUCAACUUCCAAAAGUUACUGAAUUCAAAAGUGAUGGAGCCGUUCCUGCUAGCACCACCAAGACUAAAGCCUUAUAUACAACAACAGUUAGCAUCACUGAACUAUUGGAUCAAGAUGUUGUUCACUCUUCUAGACCAUCAGCCUAUUCAACUUCAUGGUACAACACGCUACCAAAUACCAAUAAUUCUACCAGUGAAUAUAAAUUUGUUCAAGAUGUAACAGAAGAAGAAGAAGAUCUUAUAUCCGGGGUUUCACAAAUUGAUUCAAUUCCCAUUGCGGUUAUUGUUGUUAUUAUCCUGGUAGUUACCUGGUUGUGA